CUUUAAAUACAACCAUUCUGAAUUCAUAUUUAUUACUCACCAACAUUCACAUAUCAUAAUACCCUUAACCCCCUUUAUUUUUCUUUCUUUCUUUCAUUCAGAAACAAGGGAAAAAAAAAGAGAUCUAAAUGAGAAAGAAAGCACUAAUGAAACUGCCACUAUCUCUAUUCAAAACCAAAGAGGAACCGCCACAAAGAAGAAAUCAUCAUCAUCAUCAUGAUGUUCUUCCAUGGCAGAACUUGUUUCCAUCUUGCGGCGGAAACUACCCGAAGACACUCUCUUUUCGCGGCGGAGACGGCGGGGAUUUCUUCAAGACGGUGAACUCUGUGUUCUUGGAUCCUGCAGCUACAACCAUUGAAGCAAGCAUGACCGAGACACCAUCAGCAGAAUCAUGGUUUUCAUCGGAGUCGGCAAGCGCGGUGAGCUUGUCAACGGAGUCAGAGGAGUACGACGGCGAGUCUCUGGAGAUGGUGGUGCGCGGCGUGAAGAGAUCGGAGAGGCUGUUGUUCGAGGCAGGGGAGACAAAAACGAGCUCCAUUUUGGAGAUGGCGAGAGCAAGCAGUAGCUUGCCGUUCAAGGAAAGUGUGGUUGUGGCUAUGGAGUCUGAAGAUCCGUACAGUGAUUUCAGGAGGUCAAUGGAGGAGAUGGUUGAGAGUCAUGGAGUGAAGGAUGAUUGGGAGGGUUUGGAAGAGCUUCUUUGUUGGUAUCUCAAGGUUAAUGGUAAGAACAACCAUGGAUUCAUUGUUGCUGCUUUUGUGGAUUUGAUUAUUACCAUUGCUGCUUCUGCUUCUGCUUCUGUUGCUGCAGCUUCUUCUAAUAACAACUCAACUUCUUCUUCUUCUUCCUCUUCUUCUUCUUCUUCAUCUUCUGAUUCAACAACUACUACUACUUAUUCUUCUGCUGUUUCUUCUUUUCCUUCCUCUCCCUUGUGUUUAUCUCAGGGACACAACAAUGACAUUGUUCAUCAUAAACACCAUCAUAAUGAUACUGCUACUACUAGUUAG